UAUUGAUGUUUUGACACUUCAUACAUACUUAGUACCCUCAUUACAAAAUUUUGUUAUCGCGAGACAGUGAACUGUGUUUCAGAUCUACAAUUUCUAUAUUUUUUUCUUUCGCCAUGAUUUGAUCUACACGCUUCUCUUUCUUCGUUGUUAUUUACAGCCUCCGCAUCAUUGACACAGAUGACUCAGACCUGGAAGAGACAAUUAUGUUGUGAUUAUAUCGUAAUAUUGGCGAAAUAGAGAUAUAAUUACAGCUACUUAAUAGAAAGAUGGCACAGGAGGAGGUGGUUCUGAACGUGUAUGAUAUGUACUGGAUCAAUGAGUACACAUCAAACCUGGGAUUUGGAGUUUUUCACUCAGGGGUACAGGUUUAUGGAAUAGAGUAUGCGUAUGGUGGCCACCCAUUCCCCGUGACGGGAGUGUUUGAGAUUAUGCCAAAAGAUGCAGAGGACUUGGGGGAGCAAUUCAAAUUCAAAGAGUCAAUAAGAAUUGGGACAACAGACUUCACCCCAGAUGAUGUGAGGAAAAUUGUGGAUCAGCUGGGAAAAGAUUUUAAGGGGGAUCAGUACCACCUGCUAAACAAGAACUGUAAUCACUUUACUGCCUCACUAACACAGAUAUUGUGUGGGAAGAGCCCGCCUAGCUGGGUAAAUAGACUGGCAUAUGUGAGCACAUGUAUUCCUUUUCUUGAGCGUGCUUUACCCAAAGAAUGGUUGACCCCUAUAGCCUUACAGCAAGCAAUCCAAGAACCCAUUGUGCGGGAAUAUGACCCCAGGGGUGCUUCAGGACGAAGUGAGAGAGAUGGGGCGUUUCAUAUACAUAACCGACGCAACUAAUGUAUGUGUCAAAAGACUUUUUCAGUAUUGUUGUGUAUGAGAGAAUGGAUUUGCAAUAUUUCAGAAUGUGUGAGUGAAAAAUGAUUUAAAAUUACAUGUAUGGUAAAUGUGAUAUAUUUUUGUUUUGUUUUGUACUUUUAUCAAAAUAUUUAUUUUAUUUAUUGUUAAGAAACUUUAGGUGUGAGAUAUUUCGAAGAAUUUUAAAUUUAUGAAUGUUUUGUUUGUUAUAUUUCAAAUAAUAGUGCAGGGAACUGUCUUUUUGCAGAUCAUAUAUUUAAAGUCAUGCUGUGUCAGUCUUUGUGAAUAUUUUUUAAUUAUUUGCUCAGAUAUUGAUGCUGGAUGUGAGCUUGUAGUUGCAUAAUUAAAUUCUGAACUGCAUUCAUUGGAUGAAAAUCUAUCUGGAACUAAAUAUAUAUAACAUGUUGUACAUUUGUAAAAAUCAUUUUUAUACCAUUGAAUUCAUUUAAUGCUGCACAUGUGGCAUGCAUUGCUGUAUCUAUAUUAAAAUAUGUAUACCACCAUCUGCAGUAGAGAAAAUGUGCAUCAUCCAGAAGUGUUCCAAGUCUACAACAAUUAAAUACUGGAGCUGUCUUUAUUCGGAUUAUUUUUAAACAGGGUAUCUUGCUUGAAUGUAUAUAAUAGACAUUGAUGUUUGAUAGAUUGUUGAUUAAUUUUUACGUACAAAGUUAUUAAAUACUGGGUGUGUAUUUUUGUUUAUAAGGCCAUAGAUCCAUAGAUUUUUUUCUCAUUCAACUUUGUUAAAUUCUUGUACUUAAACUGUAAAUUAACAUUCAAAAUUUUGAGUUUCAUCCACUGAAUUGAUUUAUAACAUUAUAGUACUGAAAAACUACAUGGAUAUUAUAUGAUGCAAGAAUACUGUGUCAUUUGUACCUAUAGUAUAUGGAAUUUGAAAUAAAUUUUGUUACAAUUUUAUGCUUUUAGCUCCCUAUUACAAUAAACAUUCAACAGUUUAACCCCUUCUAUGGCAAAGAUUUUAAGCAUUUCGAUCUAGACAAAUUGAUAUUAGGAUUUCAAUGCAUUUUUUCGGGUAUUUCUUGUAAUUUUUGUAUAUACCAAUGUAUAUACAUGUAUGUUCUGAAAGCAGGUAUUGUGUACUUUCUGAAAAUGGUUAUAAAAAUAUAAUUUCAGUUGCCAUGGCAACGGAAUACACAAUGAUCAUGCUAGAAUUUCCGUUUUUCAAGAAUGAGUUUCAUUGUUGUUUUUUUGCUUAGUUAGAUAUAUUUAAAAUAUUUUAUUUUUGUGUUGAAAAUUAUGAGUGUGUUGUACAUUUUUUUAAAAAUCUAAUUUAAAGUAUUUUAGAAAAAUGGGGGUGGGGUUUGGAGGUAAUCACCAGAAUUUAGCAUUCUUACUCAUUAUGUUUACCACCGUAUUGAUUUCGAUAAUGGCAAUAUCGCUUGAAUAGUGCACAAAGUUUAACUCAAGCUAGCAAAAUACUGGAACAACCAAUAAAAAAAAUUUCUGUAUAGUAUUUUAUCAUACUUAUUUUUUCUUUCUAACUGUGCAAGAAUUUUUCUGAUAUUUGCAGUAUCAACAAAGUUAUGAAUGUAUGUUCACACUGUACUGGUAUUUAAAGACAGAUGCGUAGAAAUGCGUAUAUGCCAUGGAAGGGGUUAAUUAAAAUGUAAAUUUACAACAGUAUAGCAGCACAAGUUAUAUAUGGGAUCUCCUGUGGAUAUGAUUUUUAUAUACUCAAUCCUUGGGGAUAGAAUUAUACAUUUGUGUUUUUCUUUUACACGAGUUUUCAUUUUAAACCUCAUAUGGUCAGUUGUUGAUUUUUUUUCUAACAUUAAUUUUGAGAGAAAACAUAAAAACAGAUUAGUCAUAUUUCAUCUUUUAAUGUUACUGUAACAACUUGUGUACAAGUAAUAAACCCUUACAUCAAAAAAGAAUUCUUGACAGUUAAUUGUAAGAAGCAGAAAUGCUUUUAGUUAAGACAAAAUACAUCUACAUGAACCUGCAUGAUGAUUUAACAGAAUUUCUUAGCAUUGAUGGUGAAAAUGUUUAAUU